CCGCAUCCUCCAGCUUGCUCCAUUCCCCCGAACGCCCUCGGAUCCUGCGGCUGCCCGCCCCGCUCCGCCGCCCUCCAUGGAGGAAAGUCUCACUUUUGAUUUACCAAAUAUUUUCAGGAUGUUUGAAGAUCCGUACGCUGCCCGGAGGCUGUUUUUUCUGGAUAGCCCAGUCCCCAGCCUAUAUUGUUACAAUUUUUUUUUGAGGGCUGGUUGCUGCUUUGCCUACACUGAUGGAACACCAUCUUCAGCGGGCUAUAUCUGCACAGCAAGUGUACGGCGAGAAGCGGGAUAAUAUGGUUAUUCCAGUUCCUGAGGCAGAAAGUAACAUCGCUUACUAUGAGUCCAUAUACCCUGGGGAGUUCAAGAUGCCAAAGCAGCUCAUUCACAUACAGCCUUUUAGUUUGGACGCUGAGCAGCCUGAUUACGAUCUGGAUUCUGAAGAUGAAGUGUUUGUGAAUAAACUGAAGAAGAAAAUGGACAUCUGCCCAUUGCAAUUUGAGGAGAUGAUUGACCGUCUGGAAAAAGGCAGUGGUCAGCAGCCAGUCAGUCUGCAGGAAGCCAAACUACUACUAAAAGAAGAUGAUGAGUUAAUUAGAGAAGUUUAUGAAUACUGGAUUAAAAAGAGGAAAAACUGUCGAGGGCCAUCACUUAUCCCAUCGGUAAAACAGGAAAAGCGAGACGGUUCUAGCACAAAUGAUCCUUACGUGGCUUUUAGAAGACGAACUGAAAAAAUGCAAACUCGAAAAAAUCGCAAAAAUGAUGAAGCCUCAUAUGAAAAAAUGCUUAAGCUGCGUCGGGAUCUCAGCCGGGCUGUGACUAUCCUGGAGAUGAUAAAGAGAAGGGAGAAGAGCAAACGGGAGCUACUGCACCUGACACUGGAAAUUAUGGAAAAGAGAUAUAAUUUAGGUGACUACAGUGGAGAGAUCAUGUCUGAGGUCAUGGCACAGAGACAGCCGGUGAAGCCUACGUACGCCAUUCCCAUCAUCCCCAUCACUAACAGCAGUCAGUUCAAACACCAGGAGGUCACGGAUGGGAAGGAGUUCAAAGUUCAUAAGCAGGAUAAGGCUGAUCUUACUCGUCCGAAGCGCAAAUACGAGAAGAAGCCCAAAGUCCUCCCAUCGUCUGCCGCCACUCCUCAGCAGCCAAGCCCUGCUGCGCUGCCAGUCUUCAGUGCUAAAUUUCCACCAUCUGCCUCCACUCCUCAGCAGCCAAGCCCUGCUGCGCUGCCAGUCUUCAGUGCUAAAGACUUAAACCAGUAUGACUUCCCCAGCUCAGAUGAAGAGCCUCUGUCCCAGGUUUUGUCUGGCUCUUCGGAAGCUGAGGAAGAGAAUGACCCUGAUGGUCCUUUUGCUUUCCGUAGGAAAGCAGGCUGUCAGUACUACGCUCCUCAUUUAGACCAAACUGGCAAUUGGCCCUGGACUAGCCCUAAAGAUGGAGGAUUGGGGGAUGUUCGCUAUAGAUACUGCUUAACAACGCUCACCGUACCCCAGAGGUGUCUUGGAUUUGCACGAAGACGGGUUGGGCGCGGUGGAAGGGUCCUGCUGGACAGAGCGCAUUCAGACUAUGACAGUAUGUUUCACCACCUGGAUUUGGACAUGCUUUCCUCACCACAACCUUCUCCAGUCAAUCAGUUUGCCAAUACCUCAGAAACCAAUACCUCGGACAGAUCUUCCUCUAAAGACCUCAGUCAGAUACUAGUCGAUAUCAAAUCAUGUAGAUGGCGGCACUUUAGGCCUCGGACACCAUCCCUACAUGACAGUGACAGUGAUGAACUCUCCAGUAGAAAAUUACAUAGGAGUAUAAAUCGAACAGGAACAGCACAGCCUGGGACCCACACAUGCAGUACCUCCACGCAGAGUAAAAGUAGCAGUGGCUCCGCACACUGUGCAUUUACAGCCGAACAAUACCAGCAACACCAGCAGCAACUGGCACUCAUGCAGCAGCAGCAGCUUGCACAAACUCAACAACAGCAAGCAAAUAGUAAUUCCUCCACCGCCGCGCCACAGAGCCUUGCAUCUAACCAGCAGAAAAGUGGCUUUGGCCUGAAUAUACAGGGUUUAGAAAGAACACUCCAGGGUUUUGUUUCUAAGACUUUGGAUUCUGCUAGUGCGCAGUUUGCUGCUUCUGCUUUGAUGACGUCAGAACAGCUGAUGGGAUUCAAGAUGAAGGAUGAUGUGGUGCUUGGGAUUGGGGUGAAUGGCGUCCUUCCAGCCUCAGGAGUAUACAAGGGCUUACACCUCAGUAGCACUACACCAACAGCGCUUGUGCAUACGAGUCCGUCGACAGCAGGUUCAACUUUGUUACAGCCUUCAAAUAUCACACAGACUUCGGGUUCCCACAGUGCACUGAGUCAUCAAGUAACUGCUGCCAAUUCUGCAACAACUCAGGUUCUGUUUGGGAACAACAUUCGAUUAACUGUACCUUCAUCAGUCCCCACUGUAAACUCUAUCGCCCCAAUAAAUGCACGACAUAUACCUAGGACUUUAAGUGCUGUUCCGUCAUCUGCCUUAAAGCUGGCUGCCGCGGCAAACUGUCAAGUUUCCAAGGUCCCCUCAUCAUCCUCUGUAGAUUCAGUUCCAAGGGAAAAUCAUGAGUCGGAAAAGCCAGCACUGAACAAUAUAGCAGACAACACAGUAGCAAUGGAGGUGACGUAGCUCCCUGGGAGCAGGACUGCAGCCUGGGGACAUGAUCAGGUGCUAUGCAUCAGAGGCGUUGGAACGCAGGGGAGGAUGGAAUGCACACAUGCGUUUCCAUGGCAGCUGUGGGGACUCGGCAGCACUGCGCAUCUCUCAUGCUUCAACUUUUCUUACUGUUAAUAGGAAAAAAAUCAACAUCUGUAAAUUAAGAAUACAGCAAUUAUCUGUAUAGUACUGCAUAUUUGUAAUACCCUUGUAUAUAUGUUACUUGAAUACAGAAAUGUUCAUUUGUGAUGCUUUGCACUUGGGGGCGGGGGGUGGGGGGAUAAACUGCAACAAGAGUGUGAGCUGUGAGCUGUGUAGCUGGUGUCAUCACAUCAUGUGCAUGGUGCGGAACCUGCUGUCUAUUUAUUGUGCCGUGUUUACAGGUUUUGUACACUGUACCCUCAUUGGUUCCUGUGCUGUAGUAAAUGUGUUAGGUAGCUGUGGACUCCUUGGUAUUUUGUAAAUGGUAUAACAUAACUUGGUUCCCUCUGGGUCCUUGAGUUUUCUGUGUAUCAUGUGAAAAAAAAAAAAAUGGUGACAUACAUACAGAAUUUUACAAAAAAAAAAAAAAAGGCAUCAGUUUUUUAAAAUGGGGAAUGUACUGUUCAAUGGGGAUCUUCCUGGUCUACUACCAUUAGGACGCGCAACAAGCUAAAAAUGAAGUCUCUUGAACCCUCCCAUCCCCGCCUGCCCGCCUGCAAGCUUGGGCGGCCCCUGGUACUUAAAGCACUAAUGUUAUGUUGCUGCUCUGCAAACAGCCCAGUCGUCCCAUUUCCUUCCACGCCAAAAAGUGUUAAAUCAAGUACGCAAAUGGAGUCCUUACAACUGGAGUUUAUGUUGUCUUGCCCUUUUUUUAGCACAAAAAGAUGUACUUUUUUAUUGUGGAAUCGUUUAAAGACUUCAUUCUUUACUUGUUCUUACAGAAAGGCUAUAGGGGAGAAGAAUGCAGUAAUUGCUGUCCGUGUAUCGUCAUUCCAGUUUGUAAAACAGCCAGCCAGCUUUUUUCCUUUUAAGAUUCUCCAGAAGGCUGCGAGGCCAGAGCCACAAAUAUCGGGUGCCUUCCUUUGGAAAUAUUUGACCUCUCUUCUGUGAAGAGAACGGUACUUACCAGACUACUACUAGUGCUUUGUCAGUACCGAAGUCUGAAUGCCCAGUCCAAUGGCAUACGUUAUCCUUAAGGUUUUUAAUCCCACCUGGAAACAUUGUGAUAGAAUUCUCACAAAAUAAACCCAGGGCAUUACAUGUUGACAAACUAA